AUGUCCCCGUGCUAUGGAUCUCCACAGUUUAGUAAAGUAGCAUCUGGUACUGGAAUCAAAGUGUAUAGAUGCCUGCGUUUCACUCCGAACGGACGCAAUCACUCUUCGCCAUGGGCGAGCAAAGUACUGAACAGUAGAUUGGGUCGUGAAAGUGUAUUAAUUCAGCAGCGUUUAUUUAAAGAGGCUGAAAUUUUGAGGCAGAUGGAUCACCCUAACAUAAUAAAACUGAAAAUUGUCAAUGGAAUUGAGGAGAGGAGUACUGCACUGAACCUUGAGUUCGGAGGCAAAAGUUUAUCAGAAAUUUUAUAUGGCACACGAAAAUCUUCAUUUAAUGAUUCUGUUAGUUUAACUGCAGAAAAUUGUCAAAUUAUUAUUACAGAUGUCAUAAACGCGCUGAAGUAUUUGCAUCUGGAGAAGUUCCUUUUACAUGGAGAUAUCAAGUCGGAUAACAUUCUAUUUGACCAGCAGAAAAACGUUGCAAAAGUUUGUGAUUUUGGAGUAAGUCUUGAAAUGAGAGCCGGUGGUUCUGGAGAAUUUUUGGUCAGAAAGAACCAUAGCGAAUGUUACUUCGGCUCUCCCGAAUAUCAGCCAAAGGAAGUAAUGGUUGAGGUAGACUGCGAAGAGGAUCGAUCAAUUACCGACCGCUGCGACAUUUGGGCAUUCGGACUUGUUAUUUUUGAAAUCAUUGUUAGGAAACCUCCAUAUUCUCGGUUGAUUCCAAGUCCUGAUGGGAAGUCCGGGUUUGAAAUUGCAGUCGAUCCAGCAAUAGAUGAACUCCUCGGAACAAAACCAAUUUUGUCAGAUCAAACUUUCUAUGCCCCAGAAAAGGUGGUCAAGUUGUUUAAUUGGUGCACAGAGGAAGAUUUUCGAGACAGAGCAUCUAUUUUGAAUGUUCAUCAUCUUUGGAACGAAUAA